AGAUCAACUACUACUAUCCUCAGUUCAUCUCAAACAUUGAUGCCAACAGCCAAUGUUGGCUGAGUUCAUUAGUGUCAAUCCAAUCUUUUAUCUUUUAGUCAGUCUCUGACAAAAGCAAGCAACAAUGCCUUCUGAAACAACACACACCAGUAGCAAGUCUCAUCCAAAUUUGGAUGGUGCCCCCCCAGUUGAGAUGAUGCAUAAACGUAUUGAUGAAGAGAUUGGGGAGAUGGUCUCUGCUUUGACGAAUCGCCUUAACAGCAUCCUACACGCUCAGAAAGUUGAAGGGGGUAGUUCAAGCAGUCAUCAUCACCGGCAUCAUCAGGAAGAGGAUCAAGAGCAUGGAGGUGCAAGAAUCAUUACACUGGCUGGAAACAAUGUAGGUGCCACCAUGCGCAGGGAAAUGGAUGAGAAAACUGCUGAUCUGCCGGUAGAAUUGCCAAUGGGAGAGCAGGAAGCAUUGAGUACCUAUGUGAACAGCAACUUCCAGGCCGUCAACAACUCCAUCAUGAUGGGCGGUAGCUAUUCAACUAACGAUCCAGGUGUUCACUUGACCAUUUCAGAUUACAUGGAAGACUGGACUCCUUCCGAGUCCAAACACAAGGCAGGUUCCAAGCAUGAUGGAAAGAAGGAAAAGAAGAAACAAAAGGCAAGCCAAAGUGACCAACAAACCGAGAAAUCUGAAUAAAUCGUUUUAAGUUGGAAAAAACUAUACUCUAAAAUGUUAAUCUUGGAGUACUAUGUCUGUUUCCUGUCUAUUUCUUAGAAGCAAUAAACACACAUCCCAUUAAGGGCAAUAAACAUGUACACUUUUUUCGUAUCUAUGGGUCUUUUCCAUUGCAGUGAUCCACUACAAAUAGGAAUGAUCAAAGCUAGUGUAUUGUGUAGCACUCCAAGAUGUAUUUAUGUACCGAGAGAUCCUUCAUAUAUAGUGCUAAAAAACCAGUUAUGAGUUUGAUUUGCA